GUGGAGACAAAACGUACCAGCGCACACGGCGGCCUCGAGACGCCACGUCCGAUACGUCAAGUGUCUCCUCCGCCAUGACUAUUGUCACAAGAGUGCGUUCAUCAGCGGAGGAGUGCGGGAGCAGCGGCGUGGCGUGCUCGGCGCCGUCCGACCCCGCGUCCAACGAACACGACUCGUGUGACUCUAGCAGCGACUUCAAUGAGGUGCUCGGAGUAUCGGACGACGACAGCUGCGUGAUAACAGCAUCACUCCACAUCGGCGGCAUGUUCCGCCCCGCGCCCCCCCCGCGCCGCCGCUCCGCCUCCGCCGAGGACGAGCACCAGCGGGACUCCGCCGUGGGCAGCAGCAGCCCAGGUUCAGUAAUAUCCCCGCUAUCAGCCUCCACGGCGUCCUCGCCCCCCGCGUCGCCGCCGCCGGCCGCGCUGCGCGUCACGCUCACCUCCGCGCCGCAACUGCGCCGGACUAAUAUCGACCAGCUCAUCGAGCUUAAUAGGGAACGCAACACAAGCGACGCUCGCGCGCACGUGCUGCGCCACCACGACGAGCCCAAGCCCCGCGCCCGCCCGGAGCAGCCGACCACUCUAGUCACGACGAGGCAACGGGAGCAGACCACCAUGACUACCAGACAACGGGAGGAGACCACGCUCACUACCAGACAUAGAGAGGAGCGGACCUCACACAGAGACGAGCGGAGAGAGAGCAAGGAGGGCACGCUGUACAAGCGAGGCGAGCUCAUAUCCAGCGCGCGCCCGCCACCGUGACCGAUCGCCACUGUACAUGUUUUAUACUGCAUAAAUUAAAUUUACGUCUAUUUAUCAUA